AUGUCCCCCCCGAUCGCGCUGAGACUCGCCGCGCUCGCGCUCCUCGUCGUCCUCGCCCGCGCGCAGACAUCGUCGGCGCGGGUCGACGUGGCGACGAGGGCGGCGGGGAGACCUGCGAACGCCGCCAACCCCGCGACCGUCGUCGCCUCGCGGCCGUCCAAUAUCGCAGAGACUCCGUCCAACGCCUCGUCGCGCUUCUUCUCCCCGUUCUACUGGGGUCCGCAGGGGUACGUCAUCGGGCCGUCCUGGUUCGGCGCCGGGCUCGGGGGCGGUAACUGGCGGCCCAUACCCAACCACACGCCGUUCGGCCCGCCGGGAUACAACCGGACCGAGGCGCCCGUCGCGAGUCCGGGCGACCCGUGCGUCUUUGAAAACUUCGACUGCAGCGUUUACACCUGCAGGCUCGGCGUGACCAACACCAGCCAGUCCACGCUCGAGAUAUUCGAGGACGAGUCCGGCAACUACGUGGCGAGGCAGAGGUGUCCAAGCUCGAGUGCGAGAAGGUGCUGA